CACAAUGCGUAACCAGCUGCCAAAAUUACUUGAGAAGCAACUAAUUUGGUGCAAGAAGAAUUGAAUAAGAUACAAACUUGGUUAGAUUGCUGGAGAAUGAAGGUGGCACGAGUCCGAACAUUUGGUGCAACAGCUAAGCGGAAAAUUUUAGUUAGACAGUCGUCAGAGAAACUGGAGGGGUCGUUCCAUGACUGGAUUACACAAUUCUAUGCAAGGGGUAAAAUAUGCAAACGAUAGCAUUGUAUAGGGAGACGACAACAUCCACUCAAUACAGCCAGCGAAAUUGACAUUAUCAACGAAUAUAAGCAGAAUAGUGGAAAACGCAAUUUACAAGAAACACUUAGCCCAUUUCUAUCCAAAAAGGCUGACAAUAUUACCUUAAUUGAUCAGCACUUAUUCACCAUUCUCCAGAAAAAUAAGAGUUAUAAUUUAGAUAUAAGCAAUGAAACUAGCAACAACGUAACAGAAAAAAGAACAGAAAAAAUAUAAGGCAUUACACCUGAUAAAUCGACUUUAAACAAGCUUAAAACUCCAAUCAAAUACAAUAUACAUUAGAUGAUACUAUCAGAUUAGAAACUACACUGGAACACGAAAUGACCCCCAAUACAUUACCUUACAAUUGCCGGGAACUGAGAAUUUUUCGAAUAAUUUGUCCGACUCUAAUUACAGUGGGGUGCUGAAGGUGGACGCUGUUUCCUUUGAUGCGAGUAGCGAGUGUAUAUUAAACGAUAACAGUGACAAUAUUAGUAAAAGCGGCAUCAACAAAAUGGAUAUAACUGAACGUGAACGGGACCGCAAACGUAAACGUUAUUUAACUGAAGAAGAUCACAGCCGUAUAACACGCAACAAAUCGCAACAGCAGCAUCAACUACAACAUGAACAAGAGCUCAAGGAAAAGCUUCAAAUGGAGGCACAAAGUCGUCUAGUAUGCAUGACAGACGAGGGUGAUAAAACAACAGUGUUUUCUAAGAACUUGCAUCUCUUAGAGUUUGUUUCAUCAAAUUACGACAGUAGCAAUAUCGAAAGUAGUAGUCCUUAUGUGAACGAUGGCGAAGCACAUGCAAAAAAGCUACUGCGUUCAUCUAUAACUGGUCUCAAGCAAGAAACUGUCACAAAAGUUAGCAAGAGCAGUUAUGCUUUGGAACGCAAGCGGUUAAAACAAGAUGAAAACGCUUGUUACCGGGUUCAAAGCAAACGCGCGUUGAUAAAUAAAUAUCGCAAACGCAUGGCCCAAAAAGUGGUAAAAAAACGGGAUAUUUCAAGUUCUAAUUGCUGUGAAGAUGAUGCUCAUAAUGAACAUGCCGAUGGUUGUGAAAAUGGGCUUUUUAAUUCUGAUAACAGCAGUUCUAGAGAGCUUGAAGGUCAAGAUAUGUUGGGAGACCAACUAGGUAAGCAACGACUUGACACUGACGCAUCAAGUGUGCUAGAGUAUAAUAAUUUCGGAAUUCUAAACGAUAAUAAUAGUUUGAAAAUGCGGGAAACAUCAACUAAUUCCCCUACACAAUAUAUGGCCGGAAUGUUUUAUAAUGGAAAGGAGUGCACAGAUAGUAAUAGAUUUCAGAGUAAUCAGUAUGGCGAUCAUAAUGAAACGCGUACUAAUGAUGCUACUACGAAAACAGCACCAUGCAAUCCUCGGCCCUGGGAAGAAAAUGUGCCGUUCAAUUCAGAUAUGCAAUUGUCAAAACACCAAGAACUACAUCAACCGUAUGUACUACAAAGCACAAUACUAGAUCUUGAAUCUACCGAUAAGAAACAGAAUUGUAACUUACACGAAUUCAAUGAGGCCGAUCGUAGACCUGUGGCACCCUAUUCGACAUUCAUAGAAAGCACACAAGCAAACGGUCUUGCACAACGUACCCAUAGCUAUAGAUAUGAUUCAAUGAAUACAACCCGUGAUGGAAACGAGCUAUCAGCAACGAAAACAAGCCCGAACGUUGACAGUGAUGUAGACUUAAAGCAAUAUGAAAAUGUUUCAGCUGUCAGCUGUUGGCAACACAGUAAUACGAAUGGCAAUGUAACUAAUGCUGAAAACAGUGCUAAUAAUAUUGCUAAUAACGACAAGGGCUGCGCAAGUGAAAGCGCUGUAAAGGAAAAAAUAAAGAAGUAUAAUAGAGAACAAACAUAUGUAUCCAGCCAAUUGCAUUCUAUAAAGGAUCACAACAGCCAGCAGUCUGUGUAUACACAGGAGCGUUCAGGUGAUAGUAACUCACAGCAGUUGGCAGGGGUAGUGCCAAUGUCCACAAAUAUUAAAGGCAUGAGUAAUCGCAAUACGUCUCUUAACUUGAACGAAACUACACAUUCAAUGCAGCCGUCACGAAGCCACAACAAAAAUAUGGAUGACGUCUACGAUGAAAUUGAUAGUGUCAGCACCAACGCUAAGACGAGCAAGGAUUCGAAUUAUGUUGAACAACAUGAUGAGGCGUAUAUCGAAAAAGCAGGAGUUAAUCGAUAUGCCUUAUCAUUAGGCGAAACGAGUAAGACCAAAAUCUCAGCAUUAACAACAGUAUCAACAACUGCUACAAAUGUUAAUGAUAUAAGUAAUAGAACUAUUUGUACCAUUAGUACCACUUCUACUACCACUACUGCUACUGCUACUACUACUACUACUACUAUUAGUACUACCACGACUACAAAAGAUUGUGUAACAACAAAUGUUACUAUUAAUAAAAUUCCUAAUUCUCGUGUUAUAAAAUCAGAUUCUUCUGAAGUAAUAACAACACCAGUUGCAACUGUAGAUGCAGCUAGUACCGUUGAUAAUUGCGAAAACGGCAAACAUUUGGCACAAGUGCCAUCUACAAACAUAGUCAAUGCCAAUAUGUUAGGCGAAAGUACCUAUAAUUUGAACAAUUCUCAGGAGUUAGGGGCAUCAGCACCAGCAACGACUUACGCACCUCCACACAGCAACACGAGCGACAAUUUAGAUAACCGCAAUGAGCACUGGGACCCAACGUCUAACGAGCCCUACCAACGAUAUAACAAUAGCAAUCAUUUUUGCCAAUCCACUGCUGAUGGUGGUUCAGAGGCCUGCCUGUCGGCGACAGCUGAGUUGUGUUACAAGAUAUCAGACGAUAUCAACGAGAAACCGUUAAAGAACCAACACCAACAGCAUGCUGUCAGCAAACAAAAUGUCAUCGAUUUUAAUGAUAAAGAGCAUCAGAUGCAUCUUUCAAAAAAACAACACGGAAGUGAAUACAUAACGCGGCAGUCCAUCGAUGCUUCUGUCUCACUGAUCGGCACGAAUAUCUACAAUACUGAAUUACAGUUACAACAGCAAAGACAAGGGAGUCAGGACAUUCAACACUUUAUGCAGGAGGAGCUAUGCCAACAAAUGCAGCACCAGCAGCGUCAACAACUACAAGAUCAUCAACAGCAAGAAGAGUUUAAUCGGCAUCACCACCAACAGCAAUAUCCUCAUGAUGCAUCUCAAGUAGUACAACAAAUUUCCUUGCAUGAUUAUAACUUACAAAGCCACCAACAACAAUUACAUCCGUUGCAUGAUGCAUUGCGUCAUAGCCAUCAGCAGAUUCAACAUUUUGAGCAACAGCAUCAGCUUGAGCAAAGACAUGAUGAGGAACAGCAGCAGCAUUUAAUUGCGUAUUUACAUCACACUACCGAACAGACCCGACUGCAAGAACAAUUACAACUCCAUGAAUAUCAACAACACCAGCAACAAUUUCAUCAAGAACAACAACACCUUCAUAAUCAACAUCAGCAGCAACAACAACAACAAAUGCAGACAAAUUUCAUUUUAAUAACAAAAAAACAGCACCAUCCACAAUCACAUAUAUCAAUGGAUUUGAAACGUAUAAAUCGUCCGCCACCCACUAGUAUUGAUGACCUCAUAAUAGACGAAUUCUCAGAAGAUCCCCAUGCAACCUAUAAACUUGGUCUUUCACCAAAUCACGUUAAGCAUGAAAAUCAAGAUGAUGGGUAUGAGACGAGCGCCGGCGAUGUGCUUACCCCAAAUUCCCACAGUUCAUCAACACAUUCGGUGACGCCACAACAUCAGAUGCAGCAUGGUAUCAAUAUUAUACCUCAACGGAAGUAUGAAGAGCAACAAAUGGAAAUACAGCAGCCUCUCCAAAGCACCACUGCUAGUGAUGUAAAUAACCAACAACAACAAUCGCCGCAGAGUAAUACACAAGGAACACUGCAAGGAAUGGACAAUACAGUUAAUCAAAGCGACGAAAUAUCAGGUUUAAACGGGAAAGAAAUUUUGCCUGCGGAUUCAUAUUCCUAUAUGGAAGACAUAGCGGGAACAAUUACAGGAGUUUCCAAUACUAGUAACAGUGCAAAUAAAAGGACUAUUAAUAUGCCGCAGGACGCACAACUUAAUGUUAAGACUGUUAAAAUUAGUGAUGCAACUGUAGAAUCUUAUAUUUGUGCACCCACUAAUAUAAUGAGUCAUAAUGUGAGUGAUAUGUAUAGUAUUCAAAAUCAACAACAACAACACCAAAACCAACCACAACAGCAGCAGCAGUUGCAUGCGGCCAACAACGAAUUACCCCAAUCAAUGGAAUAUAAUUUAAAAAUGAAACCAACAUCUGGAAAUGGAUUAAGCGAUGCUGAAAUGUUGGAACAGACUGUGAUACAUCAAAACUUGCAUCAGCUGCAACUUCCGCAACAAUCCCACACGCCAAACCAAUUAAUUUUUACGGAAAGCAAUGUGAUCCUCAGGCCACCACAAAAGAAGCGUGGUCGCAAAAAGAAAAUUCAGCCAAACACCGACAAUACAUUGCCGUUAUCUUUACAAUUUCUAACUGGCAGCAACGAAUGCGGUAUAGCGCCUGGUCCAAACGGAGAAUUGCCAUCCAUCUGCAUUGCUGACAACACGCUGAAAAAUUCAAGUGAAAAUCAUGCUACCGGUCUGCUUAAGUCGAAGGAGCGCAAGAAACACGACCGUUUCAACGGAAUGUCCGAAGAGGAAGUCGUUAAGCGUACACUACCCGACCAUUUAUGUGAAAAUCUUGAUAUAGUCAUAAUUGGAAUUAAUCCAGGCUUAUUUGCUGCAUAUAAAGGGCAUCAUUAUGCUGGACCUGGCAACCAUUUUUGGAAAUGCUUAUACCUAUCCGGUCUUACAAGAGAACAAAUGAGCGCUGAACAGGAUUACAAACUAUUAAAAUACGGUAUUGGAUUCACAAAUAUGGUACAACGUGCCACUAAGGGCUCUGCCGACCUCACCCGUAAGGAAAUCAAAGAGGGUAGCCGCAUUUUAGUUGAAAAGCUUCAGCGAUUUCGUCCUAAAAUUGCCGUAUUUAAUGGGAAAUUAAUAUUUGAAGUUUUUUCUGGAAAGAAAGACUUUAAUUUUGGUCGCCAGCCAGAGUGCGUAGAGGGUACCGAUACCUAUGUAUGGGUUAUGCCAUCAUCAUCGGCAAGAUGCGCACAAUUGCCGCGAGCAGCAGAUAAGGUGCCCUUCUAUGCUGCGCUUAAAAAGUUUCGGGACUACUUGAAUGGAUUAAUACCACAUAUGGACGAGUCGGAAUGUAUAUUCACAGAACAAAAAAUUAAGCAGGUUUGUGAGCAAGAGAAUGAGAAGAAUUCUGUUACUAUUACUUCAGCAGUAGAGGUUUUAUGUGGAGCUCACAGUGGUGCGGGUAUACUUAAUGCAACAGACGGUUUGGCUAUGGCAUACAAAAGUAUGCCAAUGCAAACAAUGAACGACAUUGAAACAGGUGCGUCGACCCAACAUCAUGGAGCCGGUGCCGGUGAGAUAGGCAACGAUGGCAAAGAUAUCAGUGGACUUUGUGCCGAUGCUGCCAAUUGUGGUGGUUGCCCUAACACUAGCGACGGCAGUGGCGCCGUGAUGAAUAAUGGUGGAGGUAUCAGCAGAGAUGGUAAUACUAUGCCGAAUGAGAGUUGUUCUAUCCGCCAGGAGCCAGAGAAAUUUCCUAGAUUUCAAGGGAGUUCUACGGAAUCUACCUACAUAUAUACGACAAAUGAGAAUGAACGUGGCCACAAUAUUGCUGCUCAUACGCCUGGCCCUGGGCCACCGCCAUCACUACCGCCAGGCACUUCAGUUAUAAGUUCCAGUUUGCAGCAACGAAAUGAAAACUACAUGAUAACUGCAAGUUACGUACAACCGCCACCGGAAAAAAAAAAGCGGGGGCGUCCAAAAAAGAUUAAAGACGUGGAUUCUAUUGAUACAGUCUCUCGUAAUCGCAUGCAAAUUUUGGGACAAAUGUCCAACACUAACGAUUUUGGCAACAUAUUGAAUUUGUCAAUGAUGGGUGGUGGCGUACCUGGUCAAUGUGGCAGCGAUGCCCUUUUGGGUAGUGCCGGUGUUGGCAUAGUUAACGGUAACUGUGAGACGCCAAAGAAGAAGCGCGGCAGACCAAAGAAAGUGAAACCAACAAAUGAAGCUCAGCAAAAUCAAAAUACAUUAAUACAGGGAGAGUCACAUGCAAUGCCAAUUCCGUCACUUAGCGGCAUGGAUAAUAAUUUGUCUAAACGCAUGCAUCAGCACGUAAAUGCAAUUUAUAGCAAUAAGGAAAUGCCAAAGCAGCAACAACAACAGUCGACGCAACAAAUGUACACAUCAAGUUCGCCAAUGAGAUCACCAGCACUAAAUUGCUCAUAUUCUGGUAUAACACCGCCAACUUCAACGCAAUCUACAUCACCCACACAUCAACAACAUUGCGAUAAAUUGCAUGAGAAUGUCAGCAGCAUCAUGGAAAGUCCCACGAAUUUAGCAGCAACUCAAAGGGAUACUAGCGGCAACAACAGCAACAGCUAUUACAGCAGUAAACAUAUUGCUGUCAUAAACUCGAAUGGCUCGGAACUCCAUGAUGGAUCAAAUGUAUCCACGCCACACGCAAUAACUUCAAAUGAACUUGUAAAUGAAAUGCCAGCCAACGCAACUAUACAAGUAUCUAUAACUGCCUCUCACGAAACGCAAUUGGGUGAGUCUCCACCUCCAAGCUCACCAAACAUAUCUACAGUGGACUUUGAACCGCCAGCUGCAGGUGGGGCUCUUGCAAAUGAACACGGCACAGAAAUACGUCAUCAGCGGCCAACUGAAAUGGAAUCACGUAUACAACAACAUCAGCAGUUGCAACAGGGCACUCCAUAUGCUAGUCCGGUAAACGAGUCAUCGUCUGAUCAUCAAGCGAACGAUCACUAUCAGCAAUGGAUGUCACCGCACUCAGCCAUUUCAUUGUCAGCACAAUAUACUCAUCACCUACCAGAACAAAUACAAGAACAAGAACAGAUUAUGAAUUUUGAGCAACAGCAACACCAGUUGCAUCAUAUUCAGCAAUUACAGCAUUCAGUACAUCCCCACCGGGAACAAUCAACAACGCCUAUGCAUGCACAAUGGUUGCGGCAGCACCGCUACGAUGAUAUUGUUGGUGGUAAUUAUAGCGUCACAUCACCACAUUUACAUCACCAACAGCAGCAAAGGCAACAUCAUAUGCAGCACCCUAAUCAGCAACAACAGCAAAAUAGUACUGAGCAUCAGCACAGUCAUAUAUCUCAUCAUCACUCACGUUUACCUACAGAUGUGACUAGCAAAAGCCUCUCUGGCCUGGAGUCACUAGUCGAUCAAAUUCCUUCACUGUCAGAUAAUAACUCAGUACCCAUACCACCAGCGAUAGAAAAUAGCGGGGUAAAUGCAGCAGUUGAGAAUCGCUUACAAAGUUUACAGCAACAGCAACAACAACAGCAUAUUCAUCAGCGACAACCGCACAUGAUUGCAAUUGAUACAGCGAUUGACAUACAUACCGAUCCUUAUUGCACACCAAACAGCACAAUAAAUCCGAUUCCUGCUAUAUCCGAUACAAUUGAUACAAUACCGGGUAACAAUAGCAGCGGCAGCAACACCCCGCUCCCAGUUAAUGGUUUAUAUAGCGCGAAUUCUCCGCGCAAUUAUAGUAUUCAUCGACUUAACUCCUCAGCUGCUUCAUCACCAAUAAUGAUGUCACCCCACCAUCAUCAUACACAACAACAGCAAGUUUCCUUACAUCAACCUUACGGAAAUUCAGUAAGCACGCCCCUAAUAUCAGAUGUUUUAUUAUCUUCAACGCCAAUGACAAGCUCAGCUAGCCAUACAAAUAGUCCUGCCGACAAUAGUUUGGGUGAAGACUCUGCAAACGGAUGUACACCAACAAGCAGUGGGACUAUCAAUACUUCAACAACACCAACUAGCCUGUAUAACAACGUAACAACCACGAAUAUACACAAUAUGAGUUCCAACAACUUUUCAGUAAGCAAUUUAGCCGCCUCAUCUGUUACGCCCAGUAAUAGUUGUAGCAGCCACAACAAUUAUGCUUCAUUGUCGACAACAACAUCGGCAGCUGCCGCAAGCAAUGUAUAUCACCAUUCAAACUUUAUUGCCGCUGCUGCCUUAGCUGCUGCCGCUGUGAAUUCACCCGCCAAUCAUUUACAGACAUCACCCAGCACUGCCGCUGUCGUGGCGGCUCAUCACGCAGCGCACCACCAUGUUGCGCAUCAACAAAUGUAUUCACAUGCACAUUUGCCCCCGCAUAUGGCAGGCGUUAAUUCAAUGUAUGCUCCAGCACCGACACAUCAUCAUCACCCCUUGACACAUCACCCGGCACACCAUCAUCAUCAUCACUCACCAUACGGUGCAACAGCGCAACACAGUACUAAUAACGAUUACGGCAAUCCUUAUUGUACGACCACCGUUACCGGUGCACCGCAAAAUGCUCCUAUCCAUUUACCCAGUCCCAAUUAUCCCUACGGUUAUGGAAGUCAAGUAGCUGUUGCAGCAGUAGCUGCAGCCCAAAGUAAUUAUCCAACAGCAAUGCAUUCUCAUCAUACACAGUCCCCGGAAACGAGUGCACCACCACCACCCGGUGCGGUAACCGCCGCUGCGGCAGCUGCUGCUGCAGCCGCUGCUGCUGCUGCCGUUUAUCAUACUCAUCACCCCGGUCAUCAUCCUCAUGCAACACAUCCGUUAUCGAUGUUUGAUCGACUGAAACCCUCCGAUAUAAGUGGUUACGGCGGGUUCUGAUGAUGAUCAAAAAAUAUAAAUUACGUGUAUGCAUAUGAUUGAGAAAAGUUGAGCUAUGGCGAAAGCAAAUGAAAAGUAUUGUUUAACUAUCAGCUUAAAGCAUAAUUGUAAUCCUUUGGAAAUACCCAUUUUAUAAGCAAAUUUACAUACGUAUACAUCACAUCUGUAUACAUAUGUAUUAAAAUGUUAUUUAAGCAAUUUAAGACAACCAAAGACUAAGAUUCGGAAGUCGUUUCCAACUGGCUGAUCUUUUGUGACACCAUCUGCCUGUCUUCUUGUACGAAUAAUAAGACAUAUAUUUAUAUUUGAUUGUUUUAGGGGACUUAGGAAAGCCAGGAUAAAUACGCUCUUUAUCAUAGACCAAAAUUCGUAUCAUAUAUUCAAAUGAAGUAAUGUAUUACGUAUCUAUCUACAUGACCUCAUUUAUACAAUAGAAUACCUGCUUUUUCUUCACUUCAAAUGCCACUGUAAACAUCAUGGGAAUUCAUACACACAAUUGAAUGUGACUCUGUUUAUACAUAAGUAAAUAUUAAUUUAUUUUUCAUAACAAAAUAAACAAAACAUCCACUAAAUUUCUCCUCAUUGUUCAGCUUUUGCAAGACUGAGGUUGAGACAUCUCGGAAGUCAUAAGUUUGGUGAAGAAGUAGACGUAGCCAAAAUUGACUUUAGCCGUCUUAACAAAUUUGUUGUACGCUCAAAGCUCUAUGUCCAUUUUUCAGAAUCUUAUAAUCAAGCGUUCUAAGCUGUUCAAGUGAGAUCGCUCUUAGGAUACAUAAAUAUAAUCUUCGGAAAUGGCUGUUGUCGCCUCAGUUUUAGAUUUGUCCUACCAUAACCCUAACGCAUAACAUGAUACAAUAAACCAAAUAAUAUCUGUCUCCGAUUCGCUAAUCGCUUCUUUUCUACUGUCAAAAUAUUUCAUUUAAGAACAGCAACAAAGAUAUCGAGUUGAAUUCGUAAAGUGGAUAGCAUCAACAUUCAGUGCUACAGAGGUUUAAUUUGCAUAUUUUAGAUCAAGUUUACUAUUGUGAAUGGUUCAAAUGACAAAUGAAAAUACAAAUUUUUAAAACUAAAGAACUAAUUGCAUGUAGUAAUGUAUAGAAAACAAAAAUAAAAGGUUACGACAACGUUUUUUUUAACGCGAAUAAAUAUUUAUCCACUAAGAAAGACUCAUAACACUAACGCAUGCGUCACAAGGAAUGUUGGCUACCAUUUGUUUGAGCAUCUGGUAUAGUUUGUUCGAUUAGCUGGAAAGUAACGCUUGUCGGAUCGAAAACAGUAAAGUUUUUAGUACUACAUAAAUUUAAUGGAUAUGAAUGGAAAAUUGAAAAUGCAACGACCACGAUGGUCGAUCUCGUGAGAAGUAAUUCUGAAAUGUCCAAUAUAAAAAUUUUUUGUGAUAGGAUUUUUUAAACCAACUUAACAAAAUUGCUAAAAAUGAAACUUAUUAUCCGAUAUUAAACCUAUUAAAACAAUUAUUUAGGAUACAUGGUCCACUAUGUCUAUAAACAAAAUUCAUUUUAUAUGUAUUUAAAAAUUUUUCACUAGCUGCGAGUUUAUCUAGUGUUGCUCGUUCAGCUAUAUGUAAUUAGAUCCCUUCUCUUGUAAUCAUAUCUCAAAAAAA